AUGCAGUCUGAACUGCUAUGGACCGAAUCCUAAGAAACCAGAUUCGAUCACGGUAGGAUCAAUUGUAAAUGUCACCUACAGUUGUGUAUUUAUCAGAAGGGAAGAAAUGGGACAUACACGACUAAGAGGCAAUAUCAGGUUGAACCAUAGGAAAGUUGAGUUGAGGGUUGACGGUAUUUCUCCACAGACCAUCAGUGGCUCUGUUACUAAAGUGGCGAGGCAGGGAGAGUUUGCAGUAAGUCUUAAAGCAGUUUUGAAGAGAUGUUUUAACAAGAAGGAUAGAUGUGUGGCAAACAGAAAAUGCACUUUAUAUGCUGGACAGUAAAAAACUUUGUUGAUUGCUUUCAUCUAAACUAAAUAAAUCAUUAUACAUAGGGUUAUGUACUGGGAGGUUUUGGAUACAGGGUUUAUCCCA